CAGCUGUUUAGGGAUGUCAGUAAGAUCGCAUGGCCAGCCACGGGCAGGUUUUGUGUGUCUCAUUCCUCUUGGGUAAAUACCUUGGCGUGAGUGUCGAAUCGUAUGGUAGAUGAACGUUUACCUUCAUAAGAAUCUGCUAACCCAUCUCCCAGGGUGUCACACCCUCUCGUCCCCCCCACCCCCAGCGGUGACAGUCUUGACUUAGAAGCAGAAUAGCCUUCCUGCUGGUGUGUAGCUGCAUCUCCCCACGACGAACACCCAUGAGCCUCUCUGCGAAGGCUUUCACUGCAUCCUGUCCAGUGGCUCUGGGACCUGACGGAGCGCUGGCGCCUCCUGAAACCCCACGGAGGCGGCGAGCAGGCGCUCCUGGCUCUGCCCCUCCCUCCCCGCUGGCUGAUGGGGGUCUUUCUCUGAGCCUGAACCCACUUGCAUUCUGGAGCACAGUGCUGGCCUUCCCUCAGGGCCCCUGCCUCUGACUAGAGGCCUCUGGGUGGUGCGUCCCAAGGCCACGCGUGUUCCUCAAAUAGUGCCCGCGGGGCCCUCUGUCUGCGUGGACACGAGAGGUCACCUGGAGAGGCCUUGGCAACCUGAGCCCCCAGCAGCCCGUGGCGCCUCCCAGGCGACACUCCGGCCACACGCUUAUGCAACCAGCGAUAACGUGGCCGUGACUGCACAAUCCACCCCGAGUGGCGGCCCAGCCCCCCUCCACGUGGGCUGGCUGGCGGCCCGGCUGGGGGUCUGGAGUGAGGGGUGCCCGGGCCUCUGACGUCACCUCUGUCACCCCAAGACGUGGCUCCACUCCUGUGGUGGGAGGUCCCGAUGGGGAGCCUGAUGGCCAGAGCAACCUGUCCCUCCCGCCCCCCCCCCAGCUGCCUCCCAGCAGUGCCCCCAAGGGCCCCAGACUCCAGGCUCGGGGUGCACGGAGGUGGGCGGGGCAGAGUCAGGUGAGAGCCGGGCUCUCUGGAGCCUCCAGGAAAUCACUCCUGGAGCCAGUGGGGACACCUGGGCGACUGUGCUGAACAAUGCACAAAGGGGCUGGCGUCUCCGCGGCCGAGGCGCCUUCUGCUUCCCGAGCUGCUCCGCGGCCACGCCCGCUGCUGGGCUGGGCUGGGCUAUAAAGCCGGGCCACGGGGUGCGGGUGGACUGGGUGCCAGCGGCCAGAGGACCGGCGUGGGGAUGGAGGCCACUGUGCUGAGCUGCGUCCUGGCGCUGCUCUGGGCGUCCUCGGCGUGGGCUGAGGUCCUGGUGCAGCCAGAUUUUGAUGCCACAAAGGUAUCGGAGGCCUCUGUGCUGUGCCACACGGUUGGGGGUCCGGGCUGAGCCCCCCGGGGAGCAGUAGCGACCGUGUGAUAAUAGUAGCCGCUGCCUUCAGUGGAGCUCCACGCCUUGGGCCUGCACACCCGUUAGUGUCCCUCUCCAUUUAAUCCCAAACCAACCCUGACUGUGGGUAAUCACUGACCCACUUCACAGUUGGGAGAACCGAGGCUCACAGUGGCCAUGAGACCUGCCCCAGUUCUCAGGCCUCUGGUACGUGGUCUCCAUGGUCUCUGACUGCAAGGUCUUCCUGGGCAAGAAGGACCACCUGCUGAUGUCCACCAGGAACGUCAAGGCCACGGCGGAGGGCAACCUCAGCGUCCACGUGGAGUUCCCUGGGGCUGAAGGCUGUAACCAGAUGGAGGCCGAGUACCUGCGAGACGGCUCCCCGGGGCACUUCCGCGUCCCGGCCUUGGGCUACCUCGACGUGCGCAUCGUGGAGACGGACUACAGCUCCUUCGCUGUGGUCUACAUCUACAAGGAGCUGGAGGGGGCGCUUAGCACCAUGGUGCAGCUCUACAGCCGGACCCAGGAAGCGAGCCCCCAGGCCCAGAAGGCCUUCGAGGACUUCUACCCGACGGUGGGGCUGGCGGAGAACAUGGUGGUCCACCUGCCCGCGUCAGAUGCGUGCUCCUCAGGGGGCAAGGCAGCACCCUGACAGCGGGAGACCCACCUUGGCCCUUCCCAGGACCAGCCGGAGCAUCAGGUCGCGUCAUCCCGAGGUGUCCGGACCCACAGCCCUCCCGGCCCCCGCACCUCCGCACCCCCGGUCCUCCGAGGGCAUCUCCUUGGGCCUCCCCCUUCCGCUCAAUAAACAGAUUCUGC